GUUUGUCCCUCGGCGGCCGCCGUAGCGCGGGCUUUGCGGCGCCAUGAGCCUGUGGGCCGACAAGCACCGGCCCGGCGCCCUCGCCCGCCUCGACUUCCACCGCGAGCAGGCGGCGCGGCUCCGCAACCUGGUUCAGUGUGGUGACUUUCCUCAUCUGUUGGUGUAUGGACCAUCAGGAGCUGGAAAAAAGACAAGAAUAAUGUGCUUGUUAAGGGAAUUGUAUGGUGCAGGAGUGGAGAAACUGAGGAUUGAGCAUCAGAGUAUAACGGCGCCUUCUAAAAAGAAGAUCGAAAUUAGCACCAUUGCAAGUAAUUAUCACCUUGAAGUUAACCCAAGUGAUGCGGGAAACAAUGACCGUGUAGUAAUUCAGGAACUCUUGAAGACAGUAGCACAGUCCCAACAGCUUGAGACAAGUACUCAGCGAGAUUUUAAAGUGGUGCUGCUAACAGAAGUUGACAAACUCACUAAAGAUGCUCAGCAUGCUUUGCGAAGAACAAUGGAGAAGUACAUGGCGACCUGCAGGUUGAUCCUGUGCUGCAACUCCAUGUCAAAAAUUAUAGGACCUAUUCAAAGCAGAUGCCUGGCUAUACGAGUGCCUGCUCCCAGCAUUGAAGACAUCUGCCAUGUCUUGUCCAGUGUGUGUAAGAAAGAAGGCCUGACUCUUCCUCAGGAACUGGCUCAAAGGAUUGCAGAGAAAUCUGGCAGGAAUCUUCGGAAAGCACUACUUAUCUGUGAGUGCUGCAGAGUACAACAGUAUCCUUUUACUGCUGACCAAGACAUUCCUGAAAUGGACUGGGAAGUUUAUUUGAGAGAAACUGCAAAUGCCAUUGUUGGUCAACAGACACCACAAAGGCUUUUAGAGGUCCGUGGACGGCUUUAUGAACUCUUGACACAUUGCAUUCCUCCUGAGAUUAUAAUGAAGGGCCUCCUAACAGAGCUUCUAAAUAACUGUGAUGGACAACUGAAAGGAGAAGUUGCACAGAUGGCGGCCUUCUAUGAACACCGCCUGCAACUGGGCAGCAAAGCCAUUUAUCAUCUGGAAGCAUUUGUUGCAAAGUUUAUGGCCAUUUACAAGAAGUUCAUGGAGGAUGGGCUAGAUGACAUGAUGUUCUAACAACCCAAAGUUGUUAGACAGAAUGUUUUCAAGAUACCAAUAAUGUAGCAAGUGCCUACUUGCUGGUGCUUGAUUACAUGUGGGUCUAGUUCUAAGUGAAAUAUUUUUAUUUUGCUAUUUAAUAAAGCAAUGUUUGCUCAGCUUUAGAAACCAGAUGGAGUGUUUGACAGCCACAAAUCCAUCUUUAGAUCCAUACAAAAUAUGUUGGUCUUUCAGAAAAACAACACGUUGCCUUGGAAGUUGUAUAAGAUCAUAGUUGCUUUGCAGUAUUUGUAAGCUGACAUUAAGAAGAGAGAACACAGAUGCUGCGUGCUUGGUUUUUGUUUAUCGCAGAUGGGCAGGGCUGUAAGAAAAAAAAAUGCUUUUUCCAUGUUGUGGUAAGUUCCAGCUUGAACAUGUAUUUUCUGCCUGCUGAUCUAUACAUCUUACUGUUUGUCUGGGUUUUUUUGUUUUGUUUUGUUUUUUUUCUUAGCCACAUUGUUUUCUGUGGUGUGCUUACACAGAAUGCAUUCUGACAUUUUUUUCUUUGUAAGCAGUUGUGUUGAAUUUGUGGAUCAACAAACUUUUGUGUUGCUUGUAAGUUAUACUGACUACAUGGAACAUCUUGUUUAGAAAAAUUAUACCUAUAUAAAGCAAGUCCACUUCCUAUCUGAUACUUUCACCUCAACAUACAUAAUGCUGUUCAGGUAAAGGUUAUUCCUUUAUUUUUUAAUAAAGGAUAAAGUUUUGGCUUUUAACAAGUACAAGCAACAAGAAAAAGGAAAAAACCCAACCUCCCAAAAUAGUAAUAAUAAUAAUAGAAAGCAACAACACCUGUCUGCAAGUCUUUCAGAUGUUUAUAUACUAUGGUAACCUAAAAAUUACUGAACUCAUGACCUUUAUUACUUCACUGUGCUAAUUUAGGCUAUUACUAGAUGAUACUUAAAACUAAAGUGAAUUAAAUGAUGUUUCCUUUUCCCUUCCCCCUACUCUUUUUCUCCAGGAAUGGAUUUAAUAUUUGAGGCUUUUUGUGUUAGAGAUAGUUACACAUAAUGGCAGUUGUUUUGGAAAGCAAGGGCCUCCCCGCUGGCAAUUGAUAAAAAAAUCUCACUAGUUGUUAGUAACUCUGUCAUCCCCUUUAAAAUAUGCAAAAGGCAGCAUUAAUCCCACACCAGGCAGUGUUGCUGCUGUUGUUGGAAAUUUGACCAUUCUAUAUGUGGUGUUAAUGCACAGCUUGCCUUUUGGUUCAAACUAUGCUGUCCUGCUUCGUGUUCAACUGUUCUGAAGAAGGGGGAAUUUUAUCUUCCAUAUGCUCUUCACCCAAAAACCAACACUGAUAACUUGUCAGAGUGUGAGUGUCUUGACUGUCAGAGAUCCUGGAAAAACAUCAGUCAGUGCUAAUAGCAAUGAAUACUUGAAUCCAGUACAGAUAAGAGCACAAAGGUGGAGGGAGCAUAAUUAUUGCAUGGAAAAACUGCCCCACUUUCAGGAGCCUCAUCUUACUACUAAUUUCUAAAAGCUGAGCAACCUUUACAAGUGUAGCAGGUGCUGAAGCAAAAGUGAGUCCAAAAGAUAAUGAAAUGCUAAAACCAACCCCAAAAGCUAAGAUGGGAGAACAGGAAUGUAUGUAGUGGGUUGUGAAAUAUGGUUGAAAUGCACAGGGACAGGGUAGCUGGGGAGGGUGGGGAGGCAGGAGCUGGACUGGAGGUUUGUCAGGGGGCAGAGGCAGAGGAGCAACUUCCUGUUUCAAAAGGCCUCAGCAGGUUUGUUAAGGAGUUUGAAACCCCAACAUGAAUCUCUGUAGGAGUUCUUGCUGCCUCUUGUUGAAGUUUGGUUUUUAUCCUGUUCUAACUGUAAUAAAUCAAGAAGGACCCAAGGAUGGAAAAAAGGAAUAAUGACCGGGAUUUUUGGAGAGAGAAAGUAGCUGUUGUUAUUCCUGAGAGCCUUUGUUUUCCCCUGGUGAUCCUACUCCUGUCUCUUUGUCUUCCACAGUCUAGAACACAAAUUUAAACACAUGGGCACAAUAUCUCAUAAGACUUUGCACAUCUUUCCUGCCUCGUAAUUUUUCAGGAAAUUUUGCCUUAGUAUCCGUUGCAGGCUCCCUGCAAAGUAGUCAUGCAACCAAGCCUGUCAGAGCUCAAGGUGUGUCUGGAUGAUGUUUUGCACCAUGUGUUUAGUUUUAUUUAGUCCUGUGAGGAGCAGGGAAUUGAAUCUGAUGAUCCUUAGGUGUCACUUCCACCUUGAGAGAUUCUGUGAUGAUGGUCAGUGCUUUUUGGGAACAUUUUUAGAGGCUAACUGCCUUAGAUGCUGCUUCCCCUCCCUCGUCGGUAGCUGCAGUUCUUCCUUGGAGACAGUGUGACUGAGAACAGGUCCUGAGCUGUGCUGGAGGAAUCAAGGGCCAGUAACCUCCCACACCCUUGUGCUGUGCCACUGGCAAAUGGGGCUGAUGGGAAUGUAUGAGAAGGGGACUGUCAGAAAUUAGGAGUAAUUUUUUCCUCUUGUGGUACUCCCUUUUACUAAAAACCCAUUUACCAAAAAUACAGAACCUUAGGCUGGCAAGUGAGGGUGUCCUGGGGUGGGCACAGCUGUUUCUGCAGUCUGGAGCAGAAUCAUAGAAUCAUUUAGGUUUGAAGAGACCUCUAAGGUCAUCUAAUCCAACUGAGCCUGCACACACAGAGCCCAGUGAUAGUGCUAUGCUGGACCUUCACUGAGCGCUGCACACCUUCACAGAUCAAGGGGGAGCAGCAGUGCAGAUAGACUUUGAAACACUGAAUAGCCCAGGACCAACCUCUAGAUGAUCUGUUUCUUCAGCUGAUUUCAUCUUUUGAGACCUGCUUAGAAUUGUUUCUGAAUUGCAUGCUGAGAGGAUUACCUUUGCUUUCAUCCAGUGAUACCUCCUGCUAGUUCCAAAUGAAAACUCCAAGUUGCUCCCUCCUGGGUGGGACUUAAGCACUGAACAAGUCUAAGAGGUUGCAGAGGAGUCGGCUUUGUGCUAGCACAGAAAGCCAGAGGUGAAACUGAUUUUUAAAAAAAUGAUAAAGAAACUAAAGGCAACAGCUACUUCUGUUGAAACUUUCUCUGCUCUGCAAAGAUUGGCUGCGUAAAGGGCAAAUGGUGCACUCGCACUUUAUUCUCCAUUUCUGAAGUCCAAAUGUUAACUCCUGUGAGGAACGUAAUGUUAAAAAUCGUAUUAUUUUUAGACAUCCCUGGUAAACAACUCUCCUUGAGCAUUAAUCGCAAUAAAUGUAUUAUCUGAUUGGAAGGCUGAUUUAAAAAAUGUAUUUUAUUGAAUAAAUUCAUAUGAACAAAGCUGGCAUGAGGAAUGUCCCCUUCUCUACCACCGAAGUACCCUGAUUAUCAGAAGGUAGAAAGUAAGGUAGAUAAGAGCUCAAUAUCACAAAUUUUCCUUCCAGAUUAUUACAGUUCAUUGAUAUAAAGUAAUAGCUGUAAUUUGUCUUGUUGAAAAGAGAUGUGGUAUGCCUGAGCAGCCUUUAGUCCUCUUGCUUAACUUUUUUUUUUUUUUUUU